AUGGAUAAUUUUUCAAUGAAUUCUUCAUCUGUUUUGAGGCUGCAAGGGUUUGAUCUCCCUCCACACGGGGCCUACGUAGCAUUUGUUUUUGCCACUCUGAGCUACUUGUCCAUUCUCUUCUGUAACCUGGUCUUGCUGAUCACCAUCACUAUAAAUAAGAGCCUCCACCAGCCCAUGUACCUCCUGCUCUUUAACCUACCUAUCAAUGACCUCAUCGGCUCAACUGCCCUCUUCCCACAGCUCAUAAAGGAGCUCUUGCUUGACACCAGGUACAUAGAGGUCUCAAACUGCAUCACUCAGGCAUUUUUCAUCCAUCUCUAUGGAGCUGGCAGUGUGUUAAUCCUCUCUGUCAUGGCGUAUGACAGGUACAUUGCGAUAUGUAACCCGCUCAGGUAUGGCACCAUCAUGACCACCAGUCACAUUAUAAAAAUCAUUACAUCAGUGUGGCUAGUAGACUUCAUUUUGAUCGGCGUGCUGUUUUAUCUCCUGCUCCGGUUACCUCGUUGCCGGUCUUUCAUAUCACACCCCUACUGCGACAACCCAUCCCUGCUCACAUUAGUCUGUGCGGACACCACCAUCAACAACAUUUACGGACUGCUCAUUACAGCCAGCACACAGGUGGGUGGUGUGGGCAUGAUUCUCUACACGUACCUGCAGAUCCUUAUCGCGUGUUUUAAAAGCAAACGAUCUGACACAAAAAGCAAAGCUCUACAGACCUGUGCCACUCAUUUAGCUGUCUUUCUCCUUCUGGAGUGUUUAGGGCUUUUUACAAUAAUUUCCUACCGUAUAAAAGAACUUUCUCCUCAUAUGAGGAGGAUGAUAGGAGUUUCUACCAUGAUAUUUCCCCCCACACUGAACCCAAUAAUAUACGGCCUCAGAACAAAGGAAAUCAGACAAAAAAUUAUGUUACUGUUCCGCCAAAGAGUGUCACCUUCUUGA